AUGCCAAGAAAAAGUGGCACACUCGGUGAUGUGGCCCGCUCGGUGAUGGAAUACGUUACUAACGUCUACUUUGUAGGCACAUUCUCGCUUGAGCCUUUGCCAGGUUCUGGACACGUUGUCAAUUCAUUGGACGAGUUGGUCAAGUUGAGGCGUAGACACGGAGUCGAUGUACACCCCAAGCUCUUGGAGGCUGCCAGGGUGCAUGAGCGCACCGUGUCUUCGCUGCAAGCUCGAAAGGUCACCGGAUCCAGCUUUGGUACUCCCUAUGACAGCUCCGCCAUUUUAUACCUCUAUCCAGUCACCAUUGGCGGUAAAACCAUGCGCGUUUCCUUGAGCACUGCAAACUCCGAUUUCUGGGUGUAUUCCUCUCUGCAAAACAAAACGCAGCUUGAGGGCCACAACUUCUACACGGUCAACCCUGACCACAUCAAGAAGAGCUAUAUCUUCAUCACUGGAUACAAUGGUGCCUCCGAUUACGAUGCAGUUGGCCGGGUUUACACAGAGAAAGUCACGAUCGGCGGUCUUACAGCUGAACAAGCCGUUGGAGCAGCGGUAGCAGUCUCUCAGCACCAGUUGAACACCAAGCGUAGGGAUGGCAUGGUAGGCCUUGGUGACAAAACGCUCAACACCAUCCAACCUGACUCUCAGAACACGUUUAUAGACAACGUCAAGUCUCAGCUUGCCAAGAAAGUCUUUGCUAUUACUACAAAGAUAACUGGAUCCAUCUUCGACUUUGGCUUCAUCGACCCCAAGAAAUACACCGGCUCUAUUGCAUGGGUUGACAAUUUCUUUGAAGAAAACUGGUCUGCAUACGGUUUCUACGGAUCUGGAUUCAGCGUUGGCCCUUCCAACGUCAAUAUUACCCCGAGAAAGAUGAAUAUCCACCUUGAUAGCGCCAGCACAGUCACCUACGUUGACCCUGAUAUCAUCACCUCGUUCUACGGAAAGAUCAAGGGAGCAAAGUUCGACAACGACCGGCAAUAUUGGACCAUCCCUUGCAACAGUAACCCACCCGACUUUACCGUUGUGAUUGGCGGACAAAAGUUUGUCACCCCUGGUUGUCACCUCAUAUCCAUAAAUAUUGAUGACUCGCACAAAAUGUGCAUCGGUGGCCUCCAAAACAUUGGUGGUGGAGUUGAUUUUAGCCUCUUUGGCAUCAACUGGUUCAGGGGCAAAUACGUCGUUUUUGACGUUUCCAGCGACAAGGUUAAGCUUGGUUUUGCAAAGGAAGCUGGACAGUAG